UGCAAAUGAAGGCAGUUGUCGCUGCCUUGAGAGCACAUCGCGGAAAUGUUCGUCAUGGCAGCACCGCAGGAAAUGCGAGUUGUUUUCAGCGUCUAUGGACCUCUGCUCUUCUGGAAAUGGGAAGGCGAGCUUGCAAGAUUGCGGACAGGAAGGCGGCACAGGGCUUGAAGAGAAACAAAGUUAAUGCUAGGCUUGGCAAAGAGAUAGCGCAAGCGGCGAAGGAAGGCGGGACAAACCUGUCAUCGAAUUUAUCACUGGCAGCGCUAGUGCAACAAGCGAAGGAGCUUCAUGUCUCGAAAGAUCUCAUAGAACGCAACAUUAAGAAAGCGAAAGACAAGGACCAGCAGGAUUUCACGGAGAUCACAUAUGAGGCUUACGGCUUUGGUGGUGUUGGAAUCGUGGUGGAAGUUCUCACGGACAACACGAACAGAGCUUCUUCUUUCGUUCGCGAUGUUAUAAAAAAGAGCCAUGCCAAAAUGGCUGCCUCUGGCUCGGUCCUCUUCAACUUCAAACGGGCUGGAGUCGUGGCUGUGAAAGGCAAUGUGGAUUCCGAAAGUCUUCUGGCUGCAGCGAUGGACACUGGAGCUGAGGACGUCGUGGAACCUGAAUUGGAGGACGGUGAAAGUCCAGAGGAGAAGAAGUACUUCAAGGUGAUAACGGCGAUGGAUGAUUUCGGGCGUGUCAAAGCUGGGCUCAAGGAUGCGGGGUUCUCGAUUGACAUGGAUAAUUCGGGUCUAGAGCUUGUACCAACUGAGCUAGUGGAGGUUGAUGAUGAAGCAAUGGAAAUGAAUAGGGCUUUGAUCGAUAAACUACUGGAACUAGAAGAUGUAGAUGCAGUUUAUUCAACUCAAAAGCAUUGACUGAAUUA